UAAAUUCAUGGCGAGUUUUUUUCUUAUCACCCCAAACUUUUUUAUUAUUGCUUUGUUUCGCAAUUUUGUGCAAAAUAUCGUGAAAAAUCACCCCCUUUGUCCCUGCCGCACACGCAAAAUUCUCAAAGAGGUGCAAAAUGAUGCAGCGUACAGUGGCCCCAGGGAGCAGGCAGGCGCCGGAUCCGCAUGAUCAGUACUUGGAGAAGUUGGGCUACUACCGGAAGCACACCGGCAGGGAUUCCUCGAAUCUCUUCCGCGUCAUCUCAGAGCAACUCUACGAUACGCAGAAGUUUCAUCUGCAAAUCCGGGAGGAAUGUGUGGGCUUCAUGCGCCGCCACAGGGCCUUCUACAGCCAAUUCGUGCGGGAGGAUUUCGAUGAUUACCUCCUGGAUCUCUCCAAGCCACGUACCCACGGGGGAAUCCUUGAAUUUCGUGCUCUGGCAGCACAAUACAGGCGAAAUAUGUUCGUCUUCGAAUCAUAUGGGAAUGAUUUGUGCUCAAAUGGGAAGUACCUGGACUACAAUCCGGAAUACACGAGAGACUUCCAGAUCUUCUAUACGCCCGAUCGUCACUUUGACACCAUCUACCACGUGGAUUAUGUGGAGAAUCUCGCCUUUUGCCAGGCCCUUGCCUAUGAGAUUCUCUAUCGGGGCGUCUUUAAGCUUCCGGACAUUAAUUAUGCCGUCGAAAGGAUGCUCCAUGAUCCCGAUGGUGUCACCACGUCCAUCGUGGUGGAUCCCACGCACAAAUGGUGCGGGGAGUUCCAAGAUUUCGGGGAGAUGCGUCAAUUUUACUUUGAUCGAGCCGAAGAGACAAAUUGUGUGCUGAACAAUCGUGAUCUGUGCAACUUCCACAAUCCCCAAUUCCAGGAAUUCGUGGCGAAGGUGAAGAAGCAGGAUAAGGAGAAGAAGACUCAGGAUAUGCCUUCGCGUUCACGCACGUUGGCCUCAAUGCUGCCCAUGAAGGACAUUUCGUGCGUUUGCCAGCUGCUCAAUGAACAAAUCACCCCGUUCCCGUACAAAGUGGCCAAAUCCCUCGAUCCCUACAUCUACAGGAAUGUUGAUUUUGACGUGUGGUCAGACACACGGAGGGAGCUACGAGCUCUCCGAUGGGAUCGGAAUUACCUCCGUGUGGGCGUGCGGUGUGCUGUGAAGCUUCACUCGUCGCAGGAUCAGCUCUACAAUUGCUACAUCCAGGACAUCCCUGAAAACGGGUCAUGCGAAGUGUUUGUGGAGGAAUUGGGUGAGAAGCAUCGUGUUCCCAUUCUUCAGCUGCAACCCCUCAAUGGGCAUCAGUGGCGCUCAUGGAUGGUCCCACUGAAGUAUCCGCGGCAUACGAAUGACAAACGCCUCAAUGGAUGGGGUGAGAGUCCGCAGAAGAAGGGCAUGAAGACAACAUUCAGCAAUCUCAUGCAGUACACCACAUUUGAUGAGAUUAAACCCUAUCCCAUGGAAGUUGUAGCCAUGCCGGCUCUCACGGGAGGAACCAGUGCCAAUGGGAAGAACGCGGAGGAGAAGCCCAAAAGUGGGGAGAAGGAGAAAGAAGAUGCGGCGCCGAAGCAGGAAGAUGUGAAAUUCUACGAAGAUGAUUUUGAGUACUGCCACGAGGUGCCCUACGGAGCACCUGCUAUGCCACUGUACUACCCCCUGGACCCCAUGGCAGGGAUGUACAUGAUGCCACCUCAGUAUGGGAUGCCAAUGCAUCCCUGCUAUGGGAAUGUGUGGAUGUACCCACCAACUUCCGGACCACUUCCACCACCCAAUACUCUUCCAAUCUAUCACACCCCCAGUCCAGCAUCGGGACUCUCUCUUUCUCCGCCACAUCUCGCAGCAUCACCCAAUUCCAUGCACCUUCAAGGAUCUGCUCAGAUGUGCAAUGGGCAGUUGUACUUCCCGGAUGUUGACUACAAUGCUGUACCGAGUGUAGCUCCAAAUGCCGCCGAUCUUCCAUUGAAUGAUUUAAAGACAAUUCAAUUUUUCUACAACACCGGCAUUGAGUAUUUCACAUAUAUGAGGGAGAAUUUUGGCUUCAAUACACCCAUAAUGGGGAUUUGUGAUGUUCAGGGGAUUCCUCUGCAGCAACAAAUGCCCACCGGAGAUCUUGAUAAUAAUGAGAGGAUUUGUGUUCAGCAAUCAUUGAAUAUUAAAAUUGAUUGCGAUUCUCAGGGGAAUCCUGAUCUGCAGCAGCAGCAUCCUUCGAUGAAUGCAAUGCCUCCGAAUCAGAUACACGGUCAGAAUACACCGCAACAUGGUCAGCAGAUGAAGGUGAGUGGGCAGCAUUCUUCAGGGAAUCGAAGCAAUCAGCGUCAUCGCAAGGAGCACACACCGAAGAGUGCGACGAAGAAGCACAAUUAUCAUUAUUACGGGAAGCAUCAGCAGCAAGGAGAGAAUUAUGGGAAGAAUUGUGGGGUAAAUCAGGGCAGAGAUGUGGGAGAUGGGAAGAGUAAUCAUGGAGAGAAUCAGGGCAAUGGCCAUGGGUACCACGAGCCACGUCAUGAACAGCGUCAUGGGGUGAAGAAUGAAAAUCCCCCAGAGCCCGUUUACAACAUCCCCCCACCGCCUCUCUUUGGGGGCUAUCCGAAUUACGAUGGGGAGCCUACAUCGCCACACGUGAAUCCCUAUGGAAGUGCUCAGUACUACAGCCCCAAUCAAGGAAUGUCAAUGCCAAUGUAUCCGGUGAUGCCUCCGGCAGGAAACUACCCACCGCCACAGACACCAACAUCAAUGGCAGCAGCACCCUGUACUGGUCCGGAUGUAACUGUAAUGCCACCCCCAAUCUUCCCGCAGGCGGCACCGCGUGGGAUGGGUGGUGGGGGGAAUAAUGGGGUGGUUGACAUGGGGAACUUUGUGCACGGCCCAGUAGUUUCGGGUGGUUGUGGUGGUGGUGGUAUGAAUGCAGCAGCAGGAGGAAUGGGGAUGAUGGCACCUGGAGGUGGUGGGAACUCCUGUGGGCCCUCACCAAGGGGGAAUGACAAUGGGGGUGUCUCCUCAUCCCCGUAUUGCGUCAUUCCACCCCCGAGCUCCUUCCAGUAUCAGCCACACCCCAAUCGUCCCGCGAACAAUUGGUAUCCGAUCACAUCACGACCACCCCCACCGUCAGUGGUGGUGUCGCACAGUGGCAACCUAGCAAGUGGAAUUUAUCCAUCACCAACAGCUGAUAUUCCACACUAAAUUUUCUUUUUUUUUUUUCAUUAAUUUUCAUAAUUUUCUCAUCACAAUCAUGAUCUAAAAAAAAACGUAUUUUUUAUAUACUUCCUAUUCUAUUCUAUUAGUUACACAAUGCUAGUAGCAUUGCUAUAUUAACUAUUUAUCCAUUAAAAAAACCUUUUUUGUUUCUUCGGUGGUAGAUCGUUGUUGGGAAAUGGGCACAAAGGGUCUAAUAUAUUUUCCAUACUUUAUUACAUAAUUAUUAAUUCUUUUCUAAAUAACAAUAUUAUGGGUUUUCAUACUUCUAUAUAUUUUAUAGAUCUAUAUAGUCUAUAUAUAUAUAUAUAUUGAUUAUAUUAGUGAUUUAUAUUUCUAUGUUAAUUAGUUUAGUUUAUAAAAAAGGAACUUUCCUCAAAAGGAGAAGCUCCAAGAUAAUUUAAUUAGAGCAAAAAUAAAAAAAAUGGUGUUAAAAGCGCAA